AUCGAACAUUUUAUUUCCACCUCAAACGUUUUCGUCUGCGGGAUCUGAGUAGGAAGAGAGAAGGGACAGGACACCUCCCCGUAGCCGCUGGAACUACAGAGUCAUUUUUGCGCGGCGAAUCUUCGGAUGCGCAGGUACAGGCACUUCAGGAUUUAACGGCACAGGGCAUAAAAAGAAGAAAAGGAAUAGGUGGGCUGUUCAAAUAUUACAGAUAGCCUACAAUAUCAUUUGGUCCAGGUCUGAGUAUGUAUCGAUAUGGAAUGUACUCUGUGGUUUUGACCGAUUAGGGCAUUGGCUGUUUGGACACAGACGGAGUGUUUUCCUUGCACAAUUGUGUAACAGCUUUGUUAUUCACUUGCGCUUGUGUGGAGACGAAGCGCAUAUUGUGGGUCAUCUUCUAGAUGGUGCCUCUGCCGCGGGACUAACAGGCUUUUGUAAAUGCACGUGUUUUGAGGUAAAAUAUGUGUAUGGUGUGGCGUACAGACUCCUAAAUGUCCAGCAUAACAAUUUAACUCCACGGGAUGAGAAGGGACCUCUUGUGCGUCCACCGUAUGAAAAUCUACCACCAACUCUUCCCCGAGCUUUCUAAAGGGAGCUGGACGGGUCCGUAGGAGACCUCGAGGCGUUUAUUACCCUGCUCCGAGUCAACUCUGCAACUUUGCAUGCGGCCAGUUCCAAGCCACGAGAGCUGAUUCACAGUGGAAUACAAGAAUAGAUGAUCAGCACCGGACAUCGCCCGACAUAACAGCUUCCAUCAUGUUCAAAAGGGGCUGCGGGCUGGAGUUCCUGCUGGUGCUGUGCGGCCUGGAGCUGUCGCGCUCGUGCCCACGCCACUGCAUCUGCUACACGGGGCCCAGCACCGUCAGCUGCCAGUCGCACAACUUCCUGUCGGUGCCGGAGGGCAUCCCGCCGCACAGCGAGCGCAUCUUCCUGCAGAACAACAAGAUCCACCGGCUGCUGCGCGGCCACUUCAGCCCCACCACUGUCACGCUGUGGAUCUACUCAAACAACAUCAGCUACAUCGAGCCCAGCGCCUUCCACGGCUUCCACGCGCUGGAGGAGCUGGACCUGGGCGACAACCGGCACCUGCGGCAGCUGGACGCCGAGACCUUCCGGGGCCUGGGCAAGCUGCACGCGCUGCACCUGUACCGCUGCGGCCUGGACGUGCUGCCCACGGACCUUUUCAAGGGCCUGCGGAACCUGCAGUACCUCUACCUGCAGGACAACCACUUGGGGUUCCUGCAGGACGACAUGUUCGUGGACCUCCACAACCUCAGCCACCUGUUCCUGCACGGCAACCGGCUGUGGCGGCUGCACCAGAACACCUUCCGGGGCCUGGGCGCGCUGGACCGCCUGCUGCUCCACCACAACCGGCUGGAGUGGGUGGACCAGCGGGCCUUCCACGACCUGCGGCGCCUCACCACCCUCUACCUGUUCAACAACUCGCUGCGGGAGCUGAGCGGCGAGUCGCUGACCCAGCUGCCCGCCUUGGAGUACCUGCGGCUCAACGACAACCCCUGGGAGUGCGACUGCAAGGCGAUGUCGCUCUGGGACUGGCUGAAGAAGUUCCGGGGCUCCACGUCGGAGGUGGGCUGCGUGGCGCCGGCCAAGGCGGCGGGCAAGGACCUGAAGCAGCUGCACAAGGAGGACUUCCCCAACUGCUCCGGGUCCGAGUCGCUCAGCCAGGGCAACACCUGGACCGGGAGCAGCAUCGGCAACAGCAAGGUGUCGCCCAAGAAGGAGCCCACGACGCCCCACGGAAGGCCCGACCACCACCACCGCCAUGGAGGAGGAGGAGGAGGCGCAGGUGGAGGAGGGCUGCACCCCUCGCCGCCCUCCCCUUUACCCCACCCGCCCACCUCCAUCAACGGAAGAGAGCAGCCCGGAGGUGGUGGUAGCCCUCCGCGGGCCAGCGGUGGUGGUGGAGGAGGAGGAGGAGGAGGAGGGGGCCGUUCGCGGAACUGCACCCGCCAGCGCACCAAGGGGGGCAAGGGCCGGGGGGGCCAGAACGAGGUGAUGGUCGACAAGGAGUACGCCUCGCCCGACGGAGGGGGAGGGAAGGACGACCCCACCACCCCGGACGGCCACACGCCGCGGAGAAAGCACAAGUGCACCCCCCGGACCUCCAUGCGGCCCCCCAGUGGGGUGCAGCUGCCCACUGACCGGGCGGCGGGGCCCCAGGCCUGGUCUCUGCUCCUCUGCUGCCUGCUGGCGGUGCUGACGCCCCUCGCCACAGAACUAGUCGUCCUGCGCUGACCUGGCCUGGCCUGAUCUCCCCCCAACCCCACCCCCAUUGCAGAACAGCACAGCGCAGCACACAGUAUCAUGGCCAUAACGAUGACAAUGACAAUGCAAUCCUCCA